GCGCACCUAUUGGCUGUAGACCAUGCCGCAGAGAGGGGCGGAGCUGCGCGUGCGCACAGCCGAGGCGCGCCCCUGACGGCGGUUGAAAGAUGGCGACUGUCGCCGAGCUCAAGGCUGUUUUAAAGGACACCUUGGAGAAAAGAGGAGUAUUAGGGCAUUUAAAAGCAAGGAUCCGAGCUGAAGUUUUCAAUGCCCUGAAUGAUGAAAGUGAACCCCGACCGCCGUUGUCUCAUGAAAACCUUCUAAUUAAUGAAUUAAUUCGGGAGUAUUUGGAAUUCAACAAAUACAAGUAUACAGCAUCUGUCCUCAUAUCAGAAUCUGGUCAGCCUGUAGUACCAUUGGACAGACAGUUUCUCAUUCGGGAACUAAAUGCAUUUGAAGAAUCAAAGGAUAACACAAUACCUCUUUUAUAUGGAAUUUUAGCUCAUUUCUUGCACGGAACUAAGGAGGACCUCCAAAAUCCAUUUUCGAGAGGGUCUUCACUUCAGCCUCCAAACCCAGAUCUUGGCAGACAACCUAGCGGAAGAAGGCAAAGGGAUGACCACCUAAGAAAGGAGAAGGGGAGUAUUAAUAAUAUUGAAGAUCCUCUUGUUUCUCAAGCAGUAAAGAGAUGACAUUUCCAUCUGGGGCGUCUUUUGUCUUAAAAUUACAUUUUUAUAACGUGGAGUCUCCAGACCGAUAUCCCUGACAACACCUGGCCUGGUCGGCCGGAAGUCGCAAAGCGUGUUCUGGGCGUGAACUGCGCGGGCUCCCGUUUACUGACUGCGUUUAGCUUGAACAUUUUCCACAGGGAAAGUGAUCAUGGCUGGAGCUGGAAAAAUUGGCGUCCUCUUCAGGGUGCGGACUCUGUGCUGCCUGUAGAAAUUACUGAAACUUUUGACUUUUGACUUUCUGUGCGGUGGUCAGCGUUCAGUCCUUACACCUUAACCAAGAAUUUUUAUCUGAGUGCCAAAAGUUGUUAAAGAAGUCCCCUGAAGACAUACUUGACAAGUGAGAGGAUUUUGCGAGGCCCUGUUGACGAGCUAGAAUUACU